UAAAAAUAGUGCUUUUGUUCGUAUUAAACAUUUUCUCGAUGUAAAAUUGCUGGCCAAAUAUAUGUAUUGUGUGAAUAAGUGAUUUAAUAUAGUUAAUUUGUGUGUAAUUCUAAUUUGUAUAUAUCUCUUAGGCGAUUCCAAUUUUCUGUCCUAUAAGAAAAUUGUACAAAUUAAGAUAAAAAAUGGAGUCGAUACAAGAACGGUUGAACAGGCUGAGAGAAGAACGUGUUGCUAGGGAGAAAGCACGGCUUGAUAAGUUAAGAGAGCUAAAUCUAAAAAAGUAUACUAAAAAUGAACCAUCCACAUCGUUCCUAAAUUCUACAUCUGUUGCAAAUCGAAUCACGACUGAAAUAAAGAAAACCAGCUUGGUAAAAAACAGAGUACAUGUUAAAAACAAUUUUUAUGUCAAUGGAACAACCAAAAAACCUAUCACAGCUCCUACUGCUAAUGAAAGAAAACAUGAAUCAGAUCGUAUCAAAGAACUUUCUAGACCCAAAAGUAUAACCACACAUGUAAAAAAUGAUUCAAAAAUUGUUCAGAAAAUUGAUAAACCUGUUUUAAAAAAAGCUGAAGCACCCAAGACCAAUAAAAUUGCCGCCAACAUAGCAAAUAUAGCAAAAAUGUGCAGCAAUCAUGAAAAAUCUGUUGCAUCAACGUCUUCUACUGCAGACAGAACAACGAAACAUGUAAAACAGAAUAAUAAAGUUGACAGUAAAGUGACAAAUGGUCAAGGUGAUAAUAAAACACAGAAUCACACAAAUGUUACACUGAGAAAAAGUAUGAUGCCACCUAAAAUGACAGUAUCACAACCACCGAAAGCUGACACACGCAAAAGCUUUUCAAAUACCCGUAAGAGCAUGCUACCGGUCGUACAGAGCACAUCUAAAGUAAACCCAAAUCGUCAAUCUGUAUUUGAACGACUGUACCAACCGAAAAUAACUCAAAAACCACAGAUUUCAGACACAGAUAAGCUUAAAACCGAUCCAAAUUACCUUAAGAAGGUAAUAAGGACCUCUAGUUUGAUUCUGAACAAGCGUCACACAUUGUUUGAACCCAAGAAAGUUGAGCCACCUGUUAGACGGUCAAUAUCAGCUGUACAUUUCAAGCGUAUUAGUUCUGCUGAAUUGAAAAAUUGCAUCCACAAAUGGUCAUCUAUAGGGGAGAAGCUCGAUAAAGCUCAUUUACAAGAAAUCAAUGAAGACGCUUCUGUCAAAGAAGAUAAAAUUGUGUCAGCGAUUAAAAGUGAACGUAAGAAGGUUAAAUUUGCAACAUCGUUUAACUUCAAUACGCCAAAACCAGAAGAGCUACAAAAGAGACUCCAAAGUUGGUUACAGAAACGUGGAAAAUCUCUAGACUCAUACCAUCAUUUGCAAUGUUUCGGUAUACAUCAUAUGGCUCAGCAACAAAUGAAACCUUUGAAUCUUGAGCAAGAAAAGUUUGACCCGGAUUUCAUUGAAGAGGAUGAAGAUAAAGAAAAUGUUCCAUUAGAAUCGGACAGUGAUAAUGAGUCUUUUACAGAUAUUAUGAAUGAACAGAGUCAAUGCAAUGAUUUACCCAAUGAUAAGCAAGUUUUCGAUAACAACUGGAGAUGUGCUAGUAUCUCAGAUAGUGUAGACUUUAACGACACACGUGACACCACCUUGACUUCUACGGAAGCUGUUCAUCAUGUCGAUGACCUGCUUUUAGGAGCGCUGGGUGAUCUGACCGAGUUGCUUAGAGAGGGAUUCGAUUGGGAGCAAUGUGCCCGUUGGCUGCGUGCGAUCCGACAGCGGUUCCCAUCUGCGACGGACCACGCAGCUUACUGGGAGUGCCGCGCGGCUCUCGAAGAGAGGAGAGGGGAUCUAGCCUCCUCUGUUGAGUGUUGGGAGGAAGCCAUUGCUAAAGGAACUGAGCGUUCUGUGGUAGAGGCCAAUCUGGACCAACUGCUGGAUAAGUUCAUGCAGCUGAAAAUAAGCCCCAACUCGGGCAACAGCCGCAGGCAACCAGACCCGAAAAUGCUGGAUAUAAAAAACGUGUUCAAAAGCACGCUUAUUCGAUUUGCUGUGCAGCAGGCUAAACUCCGACAGUCCCAAGAACCGGCCAAGUACACUGUGACCCCGGUCAGACGCAGUGCCCGCCUGAGUGCCCAUUGGAGCGGCAAAAAGACGAAGACUCCCUUGCAAGUGUGCUCGAGUGUGAAGCAGGCAGGGUUGCUGGUUCACCCGUUGCAGUUUGUGCCCAAUCACACAUUGGCUGACACCCCUUAAAUAAUAAUUGGCUUAGACAGCCGUUUAGGCGCAAUAACCGCACGAGAUUACGCGCGCGUUAGUUCAGCAGCGUUUUUUUUUUCUUGUUAAUUUGUCUCCAAGGCGGUUCUCACACGAUGACGCCUGUAAUGGCGAUGUAAUGAACUAGUCCACAGAAGUCAAUGCUGAAGUCGUAAGUAUCAGGUGUCGCUGCGACAGUUCGCGUUGGUAGCACCUAAACAUGUUAGCUUAUGUACAUAAAAAAAUCACAAACUAAAGUCUAUUCACGUUAAAGUGCGGUACUGUUAUUGGUCAGUUCGAAUUUCGUACUGCACAUCACGUCAUACUAAAGCUUUGUGAUUUGUCAAUUUAAAUUUCGAACACAUUUUUAACGCGAAUGCACUAUAAGGACGCGUUCAAAUUAGCCGCUGUUAGCCGCGCUGCAGCGUAUGAAAAGUGACUAACACACUAACUAACUAACAGCGGCUGAUUUGAACGCGCCCUAUAAACCCAUCUAUAUUAUGCAUAGUAUUGCUUAUAUAUGUAUAAUCGAUCAGUAAGCGCCUCAUGCCUUUGAAUUCCCAUUGGCUAGGCAGACACUAUAGAUCACCAGUUUGUAAGAUCCUGGCAAACGACUCUUGCUUCACUUGCAUUCAUCAAUCUUUGUAAUAAUCAAUAGUGUUUGUCAGUUUAUGAUAUCGAUAUUGUUAUUUUUUCUCAACACUAUUGACAGACUAUCGAUAGUUUUGCUAUUGGGUUACAACACUACUAUAAUGCACAAUUUAAUAUAUAAUAUUAUCAUCAUUCUACGAUUAUGUUAUAG